UUGUUUGUAUAGGCUAAGGCCCAAAGGGCUCUUGGAUCGCGCUUCGAGUUUGGACAAUUGGUCAGACUUAGAAUUAUCAGCUCUGCAAGUUCUGAUUUGCGCACCACAACACAAGUCUCCGUUUGGUUGGCAUCAAUCACAUCCGGCAUGGGUGCAGGUCAAGCUAUGAAAAGAAUCCCUCGCAUCAAGUUCCCUCAGAGACAUCCCAAACCUUCUUCUGGUUCUACACCUGAGACUCAAGCUUCGUCUUCAACAACUGAUGUCAGUCUAGCGUUCUUUUCAAGUUCAAAUGCCUCAACCUCAGUUGGAGGGAAGGCCUCUCUUCAACCCAAAAGAACUCCAGUGUCCAAAGAGGAGAUUGAGGCAAUUUUGUUGGGUGGCUGCUUCUAAUCGAGCGUGUUCAAGGGCAGACUAUAUUGUGCACUCAUUUUUUGUGGCUUUAAUUCAUCAUUUUCCAAAGUUUAUGGUUCUUUUUUGUUGCCAAGUGUUGGCAUAAACAAUACAACGAGUUCAAUUGUCAAUAAUUGAUAUACUUAUAGGAUUGAAAUUGUAAACCAUGUUAAAUUUUCCCCUUGUGGAAAUUGAAUAUUGACUCUGGAGAAAAGAAGUUUCAAGUUAUGUCUC